AUGAAAAGCGAGUGGUCCACCAAUUUCUUCCAUCAAUCUCAAACACCCAAUCCUUAUCCGCCAAUGUCUGGAGGUGGCGGAGGACCACAACCAUCUCAUUCCAGUGGCAAUUCUUCAUUUUUCUCAUCUCCCCCUCCAAUGAAUUCUUCCCAUCAAUCCCAUCAGUCACCCAUGAGCCUUCAUCAAUCGAUGCCUCUUCUGCAAAGCCCUCUGAAGACGUCGCCGAGGAGUGAGGCAGAAUCCACGUCGGCACCUAAUUCAGUUGGCCAUGUUAUCAAGGGAGAACGAUGUGUUGGGUGCGGAAGCGACUCGGCCAUCCGCGUUCACUACGGAGCCAGCUCAUGUCACGGAUGUAAAGCAUUCUUCCGUCGAUCAGUAUUCGAAGGAAGGGUUUAUAUGUGCUCGGCUGAGAACCAAUGCGAUAUUACCAAUGAAUCCCGUAAUCGGUGUCGUGCCUGCCGUCUCCGUAACUGUCUCGAUGGAGGAAUGAACCCAAAACACGUCAGAGAAGAACGCUCGAAAAUCGAAAGAAUGCCUGGAAACACGUGCACCGUCUCAGCCACAAACGGAGUAACUCAUAAUGUUCCAACUACAUCUGCCGCCAGCCCAAUUAUGGAAGUUAAAUAUUCCGCUACUCUUGCCUCUGCUCUUUCCUCUGCUUCAUCCUCUACUCAAGCUCCUUCAACUUCUGAAUCCAGCUUUACGUCAUCUUCCGUGUCACAACCAGCUCCAGUUGAAUCCACAACGUCAUCUGGAUCAGAAGCGGAGGUUGUUGAUAAGAAGACGUUGCAAGAGAAUCCACUGACGCUGUUCAUGUGUGCGCUGGAAAAGCAAACUGAGCAAUUGAAGGAUGAAGAUGUCAAGGAUAAUGAUGUCAUGGGAGCGUGGAGUCGGGAUAUAAGCCUGACUUUUGGUCUUCAACACCCACAAAUGGUCAUUAAGAGAUUACCGAUCAUGUACACAUGCGAUCGGAUAAUGGAGGCUGCGGAUCUCUACCUUUCCUGGUACCGAUCAUUCGUUUUUUGUGCCGAUUGGGCCAUGGGAAUCCCGGAAUUCCGUGUACUUCCACUUGCCGAUCAGACGACGCUUUUUAAGCAGAACUUCAUGGCAUUUGGAUGGAUCACAUUCGCUUAUAAAUGCUUUGAUUUGAAACAACAUAAAAUUGGAAUCCCCCUUGGAAAUGGAUCAUUCAUUCCGUAUAACGACGAGGAUCAAAAGCAACUUCCAGAACGAUGGGCUCAAACUUACGGAGUUGUUUGCAAAAAAUUGAUUGACCUGAUUGUAAAAGUGAUGAUUGAAUUGCAAAUAACCGAGGAAGAGUAUUGUCUCAUCAAGACUAUUUCACUGUUCCAACAAGACUGCAUUCUCUCCGAAACGGGUGCUGGAAUCUGCACCAGAAUGCGUGAUCGUCUUCUAGAUGCACUGUCGACUCAUAUCGAGAGAAAGUUCCCAUUCCAGACUCAAAGUCAACGGUUGACAAGAGCACUGAAGAUUUCGCUGAUGUUGCCUAGCUUUUCGCACAUUGGUCAAGUGGAAUCCACACUGAUCCAACAGCUCACCGCCGCAGAUCUCCACCAACUCAGCGGAGUCCCAAUGGAAAUUUGUCAUGCCCAACAGUCGCUUUAG